AUGCACGGCGGACACUCGCUGGCGAUUGCCAUGUGGGUCAUGACGGCUCUGUCCCUCGGUCUGGUAUUUCUCCGACUCUACACUCGAGUACGCAUCGUCCGCUUUGUCGGCGCCGAAGAUCACCUCUAUGUCUGGACCGGCCUAUUCCUUCUCGUCUUCGCCGCGUGCAUCCAGGUCGCAGUUCACUACGGCCUGGGUCGGAGCUUUUGGACCCUGAGUGUCGAUGAUUCGUCAAAUGCCAUCUUCUGGACCUAUGUCGCCAACACCUUUGCCAUCACGGGGAACGCACUGGCCAAGCUCUCAAUGGGCUUCUUCUUGCUCCGUGUGGUCCAACAUAAAGCGCAAAAAGCUGCUCUAUGGAUUCUUAUCGCUGUCACGGUUGGCACAUCGUCUGCUUUGGCUGUUAUGCUGUGGAACCAAACCACUCCGAGAAAAGCGAGCUGGGAUCCCUUGAGGACACCUGGGACGUGGAACAUUCGGAUACAGCCCAUGAGUGUUGGGCUUGGAGCUUGGUCCAGUGCUUGUGAUUUCUUCUUUGCCGCUUUCCCCUGGCUGUUUAUUUGGUCUCUCCGGAUGCCUCGACGAGAGAAGGCCAUGCUUGCUAGUGGGAUGAGCCUGGGCGUCAUUGCUGGCGCAUGCGGCAUCGUCAGGACAGUGGUACUCGCCGGACUUGACACCAAUGACUACACAUUAAACUUUGCAACAUAUUAUAUCUGGGCAGGCGCUGAAAUCACCGUUGCCAUGAUCUGCCUCGGCAUACCAACCCUGAGACCGCUAUAUCUCAAAACGCGCGGCACGAGCAUCGGUUACGCGGACACACAAGAUGAUGAUACCUCACCGGAGGCCGACGAUCCAGAGUCACCACCACGCUUUACCAUGUCCAUGAGGGAGCAAAAGAACCCCCCGUCGUCUUCUGGAAUGGAGCAUAGUAUCCAACCGCAAACACCCGACUUCCGCUGUGACUCGGCGUCGUCACACACGAUAGUGCAGUCUUUUUCUAGUUCGGAACCGAUACUACCGCGGCUGAACAGGCCUGCCGGCGCCCAUACCAGGCUUCGCAGUGACCCUGAUACUGUUGUUGAUGACAUACUCGGUCUUUACGAUGAGAGGAGAGGCCAGCAGAGCCGCGGGCUGAACAAAGUCGGUCGUGGCGUUGGCUCAGGAGGGAUAUGGGUCCAAAAUGAGAUUUCCAUUGAUAGCCGUGAGUGGGAUGAUAACUGGCCGUUGAGGAAUUAG